AUGGCGAUGGCGGAGGGCGAGCGGACUGAGUGUGCUGAGCCCCCCCGGGACGAGCCCCCGGCCGAUGGCGCCCUGAAGCGGGCAGAGGAGCUCAAGACGCAGGCCAACGACUACUUCAAAGUGCGGCAGGAGGGCAAGAGGCCAAGGGGCGCCGAGGCCCAGAGUGAGGGAAGCCGGCGUUUCUUCUGGCCCUUGUACCACUGCAUGAGCUCCUUCAUGAAGGUGACCGUCACCUUGCCAUCCUCAAGCUUGGGCCCGCUGUACUCAUCCUCAAUGGCUGGGGUGAAUGGGGGAGGUGGGGGACAAGGCUCAGUGGCCACGGCCACCCCGCCCAGCCUCUUGGAGCCUCAGCGGGAUGGUCCUGACAUCCCCAACCUCACCAGUUUCUCAGGGAAGUGGACGGUGGAGGGUGACAUGAGGCGGCCCCUGGACCCGGGCCCGGGGGUGCCCGUGCAGGGGGUGCUGACCACUUCGCUCUGCUCCUGGCCAGGCAACCAUGAGACGGACAACAUGAACCAGAUCUAUGGCUUCGAGGGCGAAGUGAAGGCCAAAUACACAGCCCAGAUGUACGAACUCUUCAGCGAGGUGUUCGAGUGGCUCCCGCUGGCCCAGUGUAUCAACGGCAAAGUGCUGAUCAUGCACGGGGGCUUGUUCAGUGAAGAUGGCGUCACCCUGGACGACAUCAGGAAGAUUGAGCGGAACCGGCAGCCCCCGGAUUCAGGUCCCAUGUGCGACCUGCUCUGGUCAGACCCACAGCCGCAGAAUGGACGCUCGGUCAGCAAGCGGGGCGUGAGCUGCCAGUUUGGCCCCGACGUCACCAAGGCCUUCCUGGAGGACAACCACCUGGACUACAUCAUCCGCAGCCACGAGGUCAAGGCCGAGGGCUACGAGGUGGCACAUGGCGGCCGCUGCGUCACCGUCUUUUCCGCCCCCAACUACUGUGACCAGAUGGGGAAUAAAGCCUCCUAUAUCCACCUCCGGGGCUCUGACCUGCGGCCCCAGUUCCACCAGUUCACAGCAGUGCCUCAUCCCGACGUCAAGCCCAUGGCCUACGCCAGCACGCUGCUGCAGUUAGGGAUGAUGUGAUGUGAGGCCCGCAUCCCAGGGCCUGCUCCCCAUCUGACCCCAGGCCCAGCCCAGGGCAACGUUGGACCCCCUUUUACUUUGUAAAGUUUGUAUUUAUUCCCCUUUAGGUUUGCAGAGGGGGUGGGGGGCCGGCCAGAGGGUCCGCUCCCUGGAGAAAGAGAAAGGAGGUGGAGAGGCCAGGGUUGGGGCACGU